AUGCCUUCGGUUGAUGGAGAAGCCACAGCCACCGAACGUGGAGCCGCCACUCACCCGGGGGAUGAUCUACAGAACCAUCUCAACAACGUCGAGCGAGAAGAAGACGCCAGACAUCACCUCCCCGGCGAUGCUGAUCUAAUCCAAACAUCCGGCGACGAUGGCCCCGUGAUGCCUUCGGUUGAUGGAGAAGCCACAGCCACCGAACGUGGAGUCGCCACUCACCCGGGGGAUGAUCUACAGAACCAUCUCAACAACGUCGAGCGAGAAGAAGACGCCAGACAUCACCUCCCCGGCGAUGCUGAUCUAAUCCAAACUUCCGGCGACGAUGGCUCCGUGAUUCCUGUGGCCGACGACGGUUGUGACUCUCACCACCGAGAUGACGCACAAAACCUCGAGGAGGUCCUCUACCACAUCGCGAUCGCCGAGUCCCUCGAGUACCAAGGCCUCCCUGCUCUCGUCGACCUCGAUGGGUUCCGGGGCUUCAAGCUGGACGACCACGACGAUGAGGAGGUGGCGAGACUGAUCGCACUGGAGUUGGGGCAAUCUUCGAACAACCCCCCGCCGCCCGCGCCGGACGCCCACUGCAGCAUCUGCAUGGAAGACAAGUACUCGUUCGAAUGCAUGGCCAUCAAGGGCUGCUCCCACACGUACUGCGCCUGCUGCGUGAGCCAGUACGUGGCAUCGAAGGUGGAGGCCAACGAGGCGCGGGUGGGCUGCCCUGACCCCAACUGCGAGACCGGGUUUCUGGAGCCCGAGAUGUGUCGGCUGAUACUGCCGGCGAAGGUGUUCGAUCGCUGGGGCUGCAGGCUGUGCGAGGAAGGGAUCCUCGGGUCGGCCAAGUUCUACUGCCCGUAUGGCGAUUGCUCGGCGCUGCUGAUAGACGACGGAGGAGAUGCAGUCGACCACUCGAAGUGCCCGCACUGCAUGAGGAUGUUCUGCGCGCAGUGCAGAGUGCCCUGGCAUUCGGGUUACUCGUGCAAGGACUACGAGACGCUGUGCCCGGAUAAGAAGAGCAGAGAUCUGAUGAAGCUGGCAACGAAGAAGAGGUGGCAGAGGUGUCCCAGCUGUGGAUUCUUUGUGGAAAGGACCUCAGGUUGCGAUUACAUUAAGUGCAGGUGA